AGUUAAUCAAAUAAAAGCUAUCACCUGUUGGAAUUAUAAAAUCUAACACUUUUAAUUCGCAAAUUCAUUAUUUAACGGUCAUCUUUUAAAUCAUAAUCUUAAAAAUUUACAAGAAUGAAAAUAAAUCAAUAGAUAUGAAAAACCUAUUGUAUUACUCUCCUCUGCGCUGAAAUUAUUUAACAACAGAAGCUUAAAAAGAGACUCUUGCCUAUUGGUUCUGUAAUUCUUUUUAAAGCUCUGCCAACAACGCCCUGUCUGCAUAUAAAUCUAGUGCAUGAUAUAACUUACACGCGUUCUCUACUGUCUUAGUUUCUACUGCUGGGUUACAACUGUGUAGAAGAUAGAUAAAGAGGGAUAAGGAGUGUAAACCUACAAAAUUAAGGACUUUGGAUAGUAAGGAUAAAUUAUUUAUCAGUCAAUACCAAGGUCACCGGUCAAAUGGAAAAUCGGUCGAUAGCGGUGUUGUUAAGCGCUGUCGUCGCCGGCAUAGCUGUGAUAUACUUUCACUGGUCAAAAAGAAGCGGCAUCACGACAUCAUCAAAAAUGGUUGAUCAGGCAGUUCUUGAAAAAUUAGAAGCCGGCUUUCGUAAACUUCAGGAUGCAAAAGAUUGCAAAUCUUUAUUGAAGAAGCAUUUGACGAAGGAGAUCUUCGACAAAUUAAAACACAAGAAGACUGCCAUGGGUGCAACUCUGCUUGAUGUUAUACAAUCAGGUAACGAUUGGUUUUUAACUAUAUUUUUAUAUACA